AUUCACUUUGGUACUGCAGCAGAUUACUGUGGAUUGUGUCUCUUUACUUCUAUCAACAAAAUAUGGAUUUUAAAACCGUAAAACUGCUUUUUUGUCUUUUUAAUGUGGUACAGGCUACAAUGGAACAGAGCUCCACAAAGAAACGAAAUGGGAAGAAAGAUUCAGUGAACAGUGCUGCUAUCGAGGAGAUGAAAAAGCAGAUUGCUGAGAUUGUGCAGGAUCUGAAUCUGUUAAAGGAACAGCAAGCUUUGCAAACAGUUUGCUUGAAAGGGAUCAAGAUCCCAGGCAAAUGUUUUCUAGCAGACACAGUCAAGAAGACUUUUCACAGUGCAAAUGAUGACUGCAUUGCCAAAGGUGGCACACUUAGCAUCCCUCUCUCUGUUGAUGAGAAUGAUCAGUUGUUUGCAUACGUUCGGCAGACCAUCGGUCCAGAAGGUUACAUCUGGUUGGGUAUCAAUGACAUAUUAAUGGAAGGGCAAUGGAUAGACCAGACAGGCUCCACUCAACGCUUCAAAAACUGGGAAUCAGAAAUUACCCACCAGCCUGAUGGUGGCCGCAGUCAAAACUGCGCCAUCCUGUCCAGCACAGCAAAUGGCAAGUGGUUCGAUGAGGACUGCCGUGCUGAAAAGGCAUCUGUCUGCCAGUUUAACAUUGUCUGAUUUCCUUAUGAAACAGCAUACUCUUUAAGGAUCAUCGGUCACUAAUAAGAUUAAUUAUCAGUAUUGGUGCAUGGAGAAUAUAUUGACCACAUAUUGCUUUGUUUCAUUUUAUGAGUUCAAAAUUGUCUUCCCUUGUGGGGCACAGGUUUGUUCUCAUUACAUUUUUGAAAAAUGGUAAAAAAAAAUACAAAGCAUGGAUUACUGCAGCAGGUAUUUGUGUUUAAACAGUAAUACAUACAUAUAUUUGGCAAAGAGGUCAUUUAAUGCACAAAUAUAUUUGUAACGAUUUUAAGACUGUCACAGCACUGGGCAUGCAUAAUAAGGUUAAAAGUAAGGAUGGUUAGUGUUUUUGAUCAAAAGUAUCACUAAACAAUAAUCUCCAUAAUUAAAUUGUUUGGUUAAAAAUGCAUGUUGUACCCUAUCCUUUUAGAAGUGUUGUUCAUUCAUAGACAGACUAUUGAGCAUGCAGGCAGAUAUAUGUAAUAUAAGUUACUCUACAGUGUACUGCUUAUUUUUCUGUUAUUGUUUAAGAAACUUCCAAAACACAAUAAAAAUUCUUAUUGCAUGUGCAUUUUAA